AUGCACAAUAGGAGUCUAUCUUUUAAUGGAUCAUUUAUCAAAAUUGGUAGUAAUAAUGUUACAAGUGGAAUUACACACAAUGGGAAAUCAGCAUUGUGGGAUACUUCAAACAAACUAAAUCAGCAUCUCAACUUGCCAAAUUUCGCCUUGGACAACAACGAAGUAUUAUCAACACCACUAGCAUUACCCCAGGCGCCAGCAGUACCUCAAACACCAGCAGUUGCUGCACCACCCCAGCCAACUCAACUUGCAUCAACGCCUGGCCCGGCCCCAUCUUCCCACAUCCACUAUGAAAGAACCAAGUCCUCCACUCCCUUUCAAAAUUUGCCACAAUACACGACUUUGGAUGAAAGAAGCCUUGCUCAUAAUAACUUUAAUGUUACCCACCACAACCAACAACAACAACAACAACAACAACAACAGCACCAACAACAACAACAGCAGAACCAACAACAACAACAACUGCAAACCCCAAAGCAUCAUACUUUGCCUAAAAAUAAUGUUAUUCCUGGUGACAAUGAAUUAUCCACUACAAAAAAUAAGGAUAAUUUAUUAAAGGCACAUUAUAAUGGCUCAGAUGCUACUUUAAAUGGAAGUUUAAAGCUCGGUGGAGUUUCGAGCGACGUAAACUCUUUGUCAUCAGCUUCUACUCCACCUCCUGCAUCUCUAAGCAAUAAAGUUUUCAACACUUUGGACUCUCACUUGGACUCUCACUUGGACUCCCAUACUCAGCCCCAUGCGAGUCUGUUCACUGCUGCACAAAAGAUUGACAAAGAUUACCUAAUUUCAAUAGGCAAAGUUCCCUUAAACCAACUCAAACCACAAAUAUUAAAGUUGGCAAAGGACCAAUAUGGCUGCCGCUUUUUGCAAAAGAAAAUUGAUGAAAAUUUGAUCCUCAACUACCAAGCGCGAUUAAACAAUUUCACCAUUAUCUUUGACGAAAUUCAUUCGCACAUGUACGAAUUGAUUAUAGAUCCGUUUGGUAACUAUUUGGUGCAGAAGAUGAUUGCUUAUUGCAAUCAGAGCAAUUUGGAUAUGAUCUUGGACACUUUGCAAUUCAACUUGUUCAAAAUAUCGGUCAACCAGCACGGUACCAGGGCAUUGCAAAAGAUCAUCGACAGUUUGAGCACUAAUGCACAACUCAAUGUAUUGAUUAGAGGCUUGAAACCGCAUAUUAUCGAUCUCAUCAAGGACUUGAAUGGAAACCAUGUUAUACAAAAAAUAUUGAACAAGUAUGAGCCUGCUGACUGCCAAUUCAUAUAUGACUCAAUCAUUGAAGACUUGUACAUUGUUGCAACACACAAGCACGGAUGUUGCGUUUUGCAGAAAUGCCUUAAUCACGUUACCCCUGCUCAAUUGAAUCAGUUCUCGCUGGCAAUAUUGCAAUAUGAUAAUUUCAAAGUAUUGAUCAAUGACCAAUUCGGAAACUAUGUUUUGCAAUACUUGAUUUCAAUCAACUCACUUGAAGUAAGUUUCCAAGUACUUCAAAACUUUCACCAAUAUGGAAUAAUGAACUUGUGUAAUUCAAAGUUUAGUUCGAAUGUUGUUGAAAAGUAUUUGAAGAACUGUUAUAACAAUGAAUCAGUUAAUGUUGCUUUUGCCAAUCUCAAGUUUGACUUGAUUUAUAGAAUCUUGAUUGAUGAUUUGAACACACUUAUCAACGAUCCGUUUGGUAAUUAUGUCAUUCAAACAUUGAUUGAUUUCUUAGUCAAUCCAAGAGUGAACUAUGAUAAUGUUGAAAAACUCGCAAUUUUGUUGAACAAUGAUGCAGCAAAGGAAGACUAUCUUGCUUGUCAUAAUCUUCAGGUUGCAAUAAUAAAAUCAUGGUUUCAAAAUUGCAAAAUUGUUUCAUCCUUUGGCAAACGUAUCCAGUCAAAGAUUAACACUAUAUUGAACAACGACGCCAUAUCCUUGAAACCAAUGAACUUUAAUGGUAAUGGUAGCGGCAACAACCACAACAGCCACAACAACAAUGGCAACAAUGGCAACCACAGCACCACUAACGGCAACCUCAACCUCAACAGCAACAGAAGAGCCAGUCAAAUGAAUGCCAAUGGUGAAUUUGUUGAAAAUGGAAGCUCCUUUGUCAAACAAUCAAAGCCACACACACAGCCUCAUUACCAACAACAAACUCAGCAUGUGUUCAAUAACCCUUAUCACGCACAAACUAACUCUCAAGGUAGAUAUUCAAGUAUGGAUCGUUCAAGGCGCCAAGGUCAAGCAACCCAAAAUUUCCAGUCCAUACCUUACCGAAACAGUUUAUCUCACCUUGAUAUUAGAAAUGGUGGUGGAUUCUUGGAGUAUGGGUUUCCAGCAAGAAAUGCGGCAGAUUUUAACAACCCUUUAUUAAUCGGUAAUGUAUUAUCUAGAGGUCCAUCGAUGAAGCUGGUUGCUGCUACCAACACUAAUAGUAGCUCGAGUAGCUACAAUAACAGUACCGAUAACAAAAAUAAUAACAACCAGUUUAAUUCCACCACUCCUACCAACAGCAACAAUAACAAUAACAAUAACAAUAAUAACAUUAGGUAUGAUGAGAACUCCUUCUACCAGCAAGUAGCUAGCAAUAUGAAAAGAUUUUCAGUGCCAACUGCCAAGGUUGCCCCUGAUUUGAGUAGGUCUGGCAGUACCAACUCCCCCAACCAGUCUCAUGAUUUCAACGCUGGUGGUGAUGAUUUUCAUAAAAUGGGAAAUUAUGAAGUUAGUAGAAAUGGGAGCGUAUCUUCUUUAAACUUUAAUUCACAUUUAGCUACUAGCAAUAGUACUACUACUGCCAACUACAAACACAGCAACACAGGUACCGCUAAUGUGCCUUAUACAACUCAGCAUUCAGCAUCAUUCCAACCAAAUUCUAAUGGUACUUUUACCCCACAACACCUGCAUCAAUCGUCAAUCUCCUCUGUGCAUCAACAAGUUUAUCCACAGGGAGAAGACAAAACAGGCGAUUUGUUUAACAACAAUAACAACCGUAUUAAUACAAGUUUUAAUUCAGUUCAUAACACCAAUUGGCCAAUACAAACAUUGCCAUUACCUCAUCAACCACAAAAUCACCAACAGCAGCAGCAACAACAACCAUACGAAGCUGCUGUAGCUCCACCACAGAGUCACUUGAAGGUUGCGCAAGCACAAAAUUAUUUCCAUAGCCCCGUAUAUCAUACACAUACUCCUUCGUGGUCACCAAUGACUUCUUCUGUCCAAGAAAAAUCUGUUUACGGAGGUGGUGCACAACCAUGGUGA